UGUUAUUCAACGUUUGCCCUCUGCUGUGAUUUCUUUAUAUCUUCAAUUGAUAUUUCUCUCUCUCCUCAUAUAACUUGCUCGCUUUGCUUUCAACAUUUCAUCUCAUUGUCGAGGCAUUGAAGAGGAAAAUAUUGCAUGGAGGGGUAAUUUUUAGUUUUCACAUCCAGGUUUCACAGCCUCGCAUCCCAACAUGUCUACCCCAUCUCAGCCCAUCAAAACCAAUCAGAUUAGAUCUGGCUCAAUUGCUCGAUCUCCCUUUAGCACCUCAUAUCUCUCGGCUUCUCCUAUAGCACAGGAAUCCAUAGCAAGAGAUCUUGCAGAGUGCGACGAUGACGAUAUCGAAGCCCCAGAUAGCGAGGAGACGAGCUCUGAAGAGGAGUCAGAGACAGAUACCGUUCGACCAGAUGCUCUCCAACACUCGAUGGUCAAUUCGUAUCGAAGACCCAGUUUUGUCGCAUUUGGAGGCACCAGACCAGCUAUCACACCCCAUCUACCGGAGUCUACAUACCUCACCAAGAAAGAGAAGAAGCAAUCCAGAAACGAGGAACGGAGUCUUCUUCGCGAUAAUCAUCUCGCCCCACCCAAACAUCCUGAGCCUCCGAAACGAGAUCCCUUCACGAGAGCAUAUAGAUGGAUGUUCAGUAGUCGAAGACCAAAGAAAGAAAUUGAUGAGGAAGCUCAAGGUCCCUUCCCACCAGAACCGUCAGAGACGACGGCCCUGUUGAACGGAGAAUCUGCGAGAUCACAUCAUGAGAGGUUGAAUGCUCAAUGGGAGGCUGCUGUUGCGGCAGGCAAGAUCAAGACGACGUGGCAGAGGGAAGCAAAGACUCUUUGGAGAUAUUCGAGUCCGUUGGUCAUUACCUUCUUGCUGCAAUACUCUCUGACUGUCGCGAGCGUGUUCACGGUUGGACAUUUGGGCAAGGUCGAGCUUGGCGCAGUUAGUCUGGCGAGUAUGACUGCGAAUAUCUUUGGAUAUGCCAUCUAUCAAGGUCUUGCGACUAGCCUGGAUACAUUGUGCGCGCAAGCAUAUGGUAGCGGGAAGAAACAUCUCGUGGGGCUGCAGCUGCAGCGGAUGGUAUAUUUCCUCUGGGCGUUGACCAUACCUAUUGGUGUCGUAUGGAUCUGCUCCGAGCAAAUCCUUAAUCUUAUUGUUCCGGAGAAAGAAUCUGCGAGGUUGGCAGGCCUGUACCUUCGUGUCUUGCUACUGGGAGCUCCUGGGUAUGCCGCAUUCGAGAGUGGCAAGCGAUUCGUGCAAGCUCAAGGGCUUUUCUCUGCCACAACUUAUGUGCUGCUGAUUGCUGCACCCCUGAAUGCAUUCAUGAACUGGCUUUUUGUGUGGCAGUUCGAAUGGGGCUUCGUUGGAGCUCCGAUUGCUGUAGCAGUCACGGACAAUCUGCUCCCACUCUUGCUCUUCCUUUACGUACGCUUCGUGGACGGGCGACAGUGCUGGAACGGGUUCACAAAGAAGGCAUUCCAUAAUUGGGGUCCAAUGGUCAAACUCGCACUCCCGGGACUUUUAAUGGUGGAAGCAGAAUUCCUCGCAUUCGAGAUCCUCACUCUUGCAGCAAGCUACUUCUCGACAACUCAUCUGGCUGCCCAGAGCAUUUUGGCUACUCUGACAGCAAUCACUUUCCAAAUUCCAUUCCCGAUCUCUAUUGCAGCAUCCACACGAGUUGCGAAUUUAAUCGGAGCAACCCUCGCAGAUGCAGCGAAGACAAGUGCCAAAGUGGCAAUGAUUGUAGCAACCAUCGUCGGUCUGUUCAACGUCAUCCUCCUCUCCUCCCUUCGAAACUACAUCCCGCAACUCUUCACAAACGAUCAAGAUGUCAUUGAUCUCGUGGCUUCUGUCCUACCUCUCUGUGCUGCGUUCCAACUUUUCGAUGCCUUGGCAGCGAAUUUGGGAGGACUUCUUAGAGGUCUAGGCAGACAAGAGAUUGGUGGAUGGGUGAAUUUGUUCUGUUACUAUGUGAUUGCUAUGCCAAUCUCGUUCGGGACUGCGUUUGGGUUGAAUUGGGGAUUGUAUGGUUUGUGGAGCGGUGUUGCUCUUGCUUUGGGAUUGUAAGUUCUUCCUCCUCCUCCUCCUCCUCCUCCUCUUCUGUGAUUGGUCUCUGAAGCGUCGCAAUCCAUGAAAGCUCAUAGUUGCAUGACAUUUUCACUCUCUGGAUGUUGGGCAACAGCAACGGACUUUGAACAGAGAUUAAUCUUCUGAUCGACUUGAACACUUGUCACUUCAAGUCUUGAAAUACUUUUGAAACAUGAUCAUCACUUGAAUGAUCCAGCUGGUCCUAGAACAUAAUAACACCUCACUCAAUUUCAACAUCUCGAACAUUUUUAUCCCCACAAUACCUCGAUUCAAUCCGGACAAUGCUAACAUGCAAACCAGGGUCGCCGCACUCGAAGCCUUAUUCAUCUAUCGUGCCAACUGGGAGGAUUCAGUCGAAGCAGCAAAAUCCAGAAAUAACGCUGGAUAAUCCUGUCGGGAUUGCGGGCACACAGUCAUCGCUAC